AUGGCGCUGUUUGAGCUCUCCGCCGGAGCCGCUUUGCGCGUUCUACGAGCUGUUGGCGUGAUUGCCAUUGCUAUAUUCGCUCGCGGCUUCUUUAUUCUUUAUCAAAAAAGAAUGCAGUUUAGGAGACUUGUUGCCAAGCAUGGAUUGGAUGUACUCCCUCAUUCCUUCAUCUUCGGUCAUCUUAUAUCUGUUGGCAUGGCCAUGGCCAAGCACCCCGCGGACCUGAACGGCCAAGUAUCGCCCCUAGUACUGGCCAGGGAUCACCCUGAGCUGGCAAAGGAUGGGGUGCUUUACAUAGACCUUUGGCCCAUCUCGUAUCAAAUGCUUGCCGUCUUUCACCCAGAUAUGAUGGCCCAGUUCUGCCAAGAAAACUCACAACUGAAGCACGAGCAGGUUAGAUGGGAAUUCUAUCCGCUGACUAAGAACAAGGACCUUGUUACGACCGACGGUGCACAAUGGAAGCGGUGGCGCUCCGUCUUCAACCCAGGGUUUUCUACACAGAACAUCAUGUCUCUCGUGCCGAGUUUCGUCGAGGAGGUCCUUGUGUUCAAGCGCUACCUGGAAGGCAUUGCAACGAUGGGGGAGGUGGUCGCUUUGGAGACGCAGGGCAUGAAAGCUACAUGCGACAUCAUUGGCCGUGCCGUUCUCGGAAAAAGUCUCGGGAUCCAAACCACACCGGAUAACCCUCUUUUCAAAGCCCUCAAGGAGAACAUCGCUUGGUUGAUUCCUGAAUGGGCCCCGAGGCAGUGGGGAAAGAUGAUAAACCCGCUACGCCGGCUAAGCAUAUGGCGUAACAACGCCAUCAUGCGACGAGAGCUACGAUCGCUUAUUGAAGAGCAGUACAAGAACUCGGGGCACAUCGAGGGCCCAAAGACCAUCGUCAACCUCGCCAUUCGCACUUAUGUCAAAGAAAACGGGCAGACCUCAAUGGGCGACGUCAUUGAUCCCGAGUUCGUCGAUGCAACGAUUGAGCACAUCAAGAUGUUCCUCUUUGCCGGGCACGACACGACUGCCUCGACUCUUUCUUUCGCCUACUACAGCUUACACGAAAACCCUGAGAUUAUGGCCAAGGUCCGCGCGGAACAUGAUGCCGUCUUUGGAGCCGACCCAUCCCAAGCUGCCGAUAUGAUCUCCAAGACGCCGGCCUUGCUGAACCAGCUACCGCUCACGCUGGCAGUCGUUAGAGAGACGCUCCGCAUGUAUCCUCCCGUCGGCUCCGUUCGCGCCGGGUCACCGGACUACUUCCUAACGAACCCAGAAACCGGCCGCCAGUACCCAACGGACAACUUAAUGAUGUUCAGCUGCAGCUAUGCCAUGCAGCGCGACGCGACCUACUGGGCUGACCCAGACACAUUCAACCCAGAGCGGUGGCUCACCAAGGACGGCGAGCCGGCGCAGCUGAGGAAGAACACAUGGCGCCCCUUUGAGCUGGGACCAAGGUCAUGCAUCGGGCAGGAAUUGGCGAUGACGGAGCUUAAGCUAAUCCUAGCGUUAACGCUGCGGGAGCUGGACAUUGUGCCUAUCUGUGCUGGUGAGGUCGUCCGUGAUCGUGUCGACCGAGGACGACUUGAGUCGUGCGAAGUUGUGUCGACUGGAUACGACUUUGAUCCUAUUGGUUGGAUCAGCCGGGGUUGGGCCGAGUGCUGCCUACCCUGGAGGCCUGUUAUUACGACCAUAAUUGUUGGGUCGUGA